AAAGUCGUUACUUCCGUGCUUUGGUGAAACCGAUUCUCAAUGAGCCCGCCAAGAAGCGGUCCGCGGUCCGCGCUCGGUGUAUGAUUCGUUUGGUUCUUCAUCGAGUAUUAAUAUUAUUUCGAGCGUAUUAUGUCGUCCAAGUAAAAAUACGUGUUACGUCUAGGUAAACAUUCAAUAGACAUCGUGUUUCUCGUGAAAUCAGAAACGUUCUUUAACCGGCCUCACCAUGGACACUAAAUCGGAGGAUAAAAUCCGAGACAUAAUUGUGAACGAUUUACUCAGCAUUCACAAUCGUCGCGUUGAAUCGUCCAAGCGACUCAAUGAGAAUCUCGAGGAUAGUUUGGAUUACUUGCGAGCUCUAUCUGCCCAAUUGUCACAACCUACAUCUGGCUUGAUUGUGACCAAGACACCAAAAUUGCUACGAAAGAGAGUAAUUCAGCGUAUCGAAACUAUACCAGAAAACGAAGUAUUUCAACAAGAACGUACAUCGGUAGACUCUCAGCGUUCAACCGAUCAUGUGGAGGAGCAAGAGACGAGCGAGUUAUCAAACAAAUCGAAAAGAGUAGCGUCUAAGAGAGCAGCAGAUAUUAUCAAGAAACAGUGCUCCCUUAUCCUUGGUGCUAAGCAGAAGAAGCUAUCCAGUGACGAUAAUGACAGUACCUCUACAAAGAGAGAAAAAAGAAAAGGCCAGAUUAAAAGAAAAAAGUCGGAAACGAGCAGUUCUGAUGAAGAUGAUGUUAAAAGCGAUGCUAAAUGUAGUAAACUGGAUGCAGAUCUGCCGGAAACGAAAUCACUUGCGAGGAAAACAGCAAAGAAAAAAUCUGGACAAAUUACUCGAUCCAUUGAGCAAAUGACUGUGAAAAGUAAAAGAUCUACUAACGUAGAGGAUACUUUUAAGUCGCCGAAAUUAUUACGUUCUAGUAGGCCUACUAGUAGAUCGAGCUCUAAAACUCCUCGGACUGCAGAAGCCGACAAAGAGAAAAAUGAUACGAUCGUUGCUUCUAACACGGAUGACGUCGAGGAGCUGUCGAUGUACGAGGAUGCGAUUGGGAAGCCUACUCCACUUAUGAAUUCUACGUUAAAGUACAGUUCUGUUUCUGCAUCGGAAAAGAUGUUAAAUGUUGUGGUAAUGUUGGAGCAAUUACCACAAAACAGAAAAUUAAAUGAAACGGUGGUAAUUCAGAAAGCGUCGAGUGCGAGAAAUAGUAGAAAUCCAAAAAAGAGAAGUAAUAAAGCACUGCGGGACAGUACACAGACCUAUAAGGAAAUUAAUGAGCAAUAUAGUGAUAACUGUAACGGAUUAAUCACAGAUGACGAAUCACCUGCCGAAAAGAAAUUAAAGAAACAGCCUGAGAAGAGACAAGAUAAUAAAAUCCGCGAAAUAAAACGCGCGAAAUCAUCAUCUAGUGACGAUGAAAUUCCUAAUACACCAGUGAGGGAACGCUUGAGAGAUGCAAUUGUACAAGAAAGCAAGAUGACGUACAAAUCAAACGCAUUAUUUAGUCCUUAUGCAAAAGAGUCGGUGAAAAAGAGGGUCGAGGCAUUUGAGCAAGCAGUGAUGCACAGUCCAAAACCAGUCGAUGUGGAUGUACCCAUGAGGAUAACUAGAACAAAAACUCGUGCAAUGACCGCUGCAGAAUCCGAAGUAGACACGAAAAACGUGGACAAGAAUGUUACGCUAAUAUUAGCUCGUAAGUCACUUGCAAAAGCCAAGAAGAUCUCGUUAGCGAAACAGAAGAAAGAAAAUGUUGAAUUUAAAGAGAACAAGGAACCAAUGCCAGAACGUAUCAACAAAUUACUUUUGAACGAUAAAUUAAAUAACGAUAAAGCAACGAAGCAAACGCAACAGCAAAAGACAACGACGCCUUUAAGCAAAAUGAAAAUAAUGCAGCCAUUGUCGGUGAAUCGUCUUCAUACCCCUUUGAACGCUCAAAAUCUUGUAAACAAUGCGAAGGCUUUAACUGCGUCACGCGCGAAUAUCAUUACUAGCGUAGAUUCGUUUGUCCCACCUCCAAAAAGCAUCAAUAAAACGAAUUCGGUGGACAAGUUGGAGGAAAAGAAACGACAAGAGGAGGAUGCAAGGAAGAAGAGAGAAGAAGCAUUGAGAUUACAGACGGAGGAAAAGAGAAGAAAACGACAGGAGAAGGAACUGAAGAAUAAAUUAGCGAGAGAAGCUAAGGAGAAACAGGAAGUGGAGAAACGGCAAAAGGCCGAGAGAGAAAGGGAGGAAAAAGCAAAAUUAGCUCUGCUGAUGCAGGAGAAGGUACGGGAGGAGAUGGAAAAGAAACGACUGGCUCUGUUGCAACGAGCACAGGAGAAGGAGGAACGUCGGAAAUUGGAGGAGCAACAGAGAUUGCGGAAACUGCAAGAACAAGAAGAAGCGGAACGUUUGCUCGCCGAACAAAAGCGUCGAGAGCAAGAAGCUGAAAAACGUAAGGAAGCGGAAGCGAGAGCUCAACAGCAAGCGGCUGCUGAAGCGUUGAGACAGAAAAAUCAGAUGCUUGCGGCUCAAGCUAAAUACAAGCAACAAAUCAAUAAUAAGCAUCAGGGCGCGACAAAUUACAUAUUAGAUAGUGAACCCGAUGAUGACGAGUCGGAUGAUGAAAAUAGACCGAAACAUGAGGUACCAUACUGGGCGCAACCACACGUUCGCAAGGUACAACUUGCGUUGCAACGAUACAUUCCUGAAGAAAUAGUUUACAAGUUCUUCGACUGUCGUAAGUGCACGCCAGAUUUAACCGAGAUGUUCCACGGGAUCGAUAGAACCCGGUUGAAGCGUACGUCCAGUGCGAUCUGGAAAACACCACCACGUAUCUCCAUGAUGGAAAUUGAGUAGAAUUUUUGUAAAUUUAACGUCGCACUUGCGCGCUCAGAGGAAACUACUUCAUUUCUACGCAUUGACGCAUGUUGUUUGCUAUAAUGGUUAAUAUUUCAAUAAACUACUUGAAUUGUACGUGUGCCACGAAGAGUAUGAGAAUACGUAAGUGUAAUAAUAAUGUAUGUAGCAUUCUUAUACUUUGAUUUAUGCUUAUUCUUCUUUAGUUAUUUAUAAUAGUAAUCAUUAUUCGCAUAUAAUUAUUGUAUUAGGUAUUGGGUGUAUUGGGUGAGGAAAGAUAUUAAAACGUGUAAUAUGUACUACCUGUAAUGGUCCAUUUUAGUAAAGUGACUGAAAAAUA